AUGGAUAUGACCACUGCACUAGUUAGUGGUGGUCAGCUUGACUAUUCGCAUCCGGCAAGGGAACUGAGCCCUACCAGUGACGAGAUGGAUCAUUUGCGGCGUUCCCUAAGCACUCUCCAGGAAGUCAAUUCGGUUGGAUCGGAUCAAAUGCGCGAACACGUGAACGGAUCCGCUGUGUACGAUCCGCAUGCGGUUGACGAGGACGAAGAGGAUUACGCGGACGAGAUUGAAAUCACAGACGGUGAUCCACCCUAUUCUGGCUAUGGAUAUAUGACAUCGACGGAUCCACGAAUUCCCGGUCGAAUGCCACGGAGUCAAGCCCAACGGGAUGUAUACGAACGAAGACCGCCACAAUACGCAUACAAUACAUCGACUUACGUCAGUUCGAAUAUCAUAGAUCCGGUGAGAAGACAUUCCAAAUCUCGACAAAAGGAUAAUAUAUGGGAUCGAGAAACACUAUCCUUAUUACCCAAUGUGGCCUAUGACUAUUGGACAUUGCCCCGUAGUAGAGAUUUAUUUCGACGUAAUUUUGACAACGGAGAAAACCGCUAUCAGACACCCAGUGGACUACUUCAGUCGCGCCGAUCCCACGGUCAUCGAUCAAGCAAACGAGGUCACAAACAUCGUAGUUCAAAACUGGAGAAAAAUGCCAAUCUGAACCUGGAGAAUCAGGAGAAUAUUGAGCAGAAACCGACCGAAUUAACCGAGGCUAAACAGGAGGAGAAAGCCGAGACCAAAGACAAUGAUGCUCAGCAUCGGAGUGAACUCAAGGUGUACUUCCGUUUUUCAAAAGGCACCCUAUCCGAUACUGGAGUGGGAGAUUACACGCAGAACGAACCGUUACUAGAGGCACUGCAAGCCCACUGUCGUGGUUGGUUGGCUCGGCAGAAUUUCGAAAAUCUCCUGGAUAAACAUGAAGCUGUGCGGGUAAUACAACGCAAUUGUGAGCGCAUAUUCAAUCCGUGGAUUCGUCUAAUGCUUGCACUUCGGCCAUUGUUGAAAACACAUCGCACAGAGGAAGAGCUACUCUAUUUGAGGAGUGAACUGGAACGCUACAAGACAUUGGUGAAAAUGCUUCGGUUCGAGAAUGCCGAGUACCAGGCCAAAGUGGCAAACUUACUCCAACUGAUUGAACAAAUCAAUACCAAGGGUAUGGAAAGUGCAAAUGUCAAUAGCUUGAUCACUCAGAUUUCCGAGGCAUUGACAAAGAAUCAAGAAUUUUGGCAGGAAAUGGCGGCCACCAACAAAGCUCUACAGGCGAGCACGCGACAAAAACCGGCGUAUAUCGAUGCAGACGGAUCACCGUUUAUGGGCAAAGCUGCCCCGUCUCCCAUGACCCAGUUGCGUCAAGAUGCAGAUUUCUACAGGAAUCAAGUGGAAAUGCUGAAGGAAGAGGCCGAUGAACAACAGCAUCGUUCGUCCGAACACUUCCAGGGACAGGUCAGUGUCCUCAGCGAUCGUGUGGAGCACUUGCAAAGUUUGUUGGCACUUGAAUCCAGCAAAGUGGAACGAUUGAGUAUCGAACUGGAAGAGAUGAACAGCACUGUUGCGGAAGCUAAGGCUUACGAACGAAAUCUGGAGCAUAUGGUUAGUCAACUGAGCAAACAAUUGGAGCAACGCACCAAAGCUCAAGAACAACCGACUUCGGAGAAACCCAAACCAAUCACGCCAGGAGCUGUGGUGGAAUCAGACAUUGAGGUAGUACCACACCUGUAA